CAGCCCACGGAGGGCGCAGGGCGGCGGGCGGCGCGGGGCCCAGGCGAUGCGGGGCCGCCGCCACCUCUGAGCGGGGCGCACGGAACGCGCCGCGUUGCAGCGGCCCGGCCGAGCCAUGGGGAAGGAGCAGGAGCUCGUGCAGGCGGUGAAGGCGGAGGACGUGGGGACCGCGCAGAGGCUGCUGCAGAGGCCGAGGCCGGGGAAGGCCAAGCUCCUGGGCUCCACCAAGAAGAUCAACGUCAACUUUCAGGACCCAGAUGGCUUCUCAGCCCUGCACCAUGCGGCCCUGAAUGGCAACACAGAAUUGAUCUCUCUACUGCUGGAGGCUCAGGCUGCUGUGGACAUCAAGGACAACAAAGGUAUGCGGCCCUUGCACUAUGCAGCCUGGCAGGGUCGGAAGGAGCCCAUGAAGCUAGUGCUGAAGGCUGGCUCAGCAGUAAAUGUCCCAUCUGAUGAGGGCCACAUCCCCUUGCACCUGGCGGCCCAGCAUGGUCAUUACGAUGUGUCUGAGAUGCUGCUGCAGCACCAGUCUAACCCAUGCAUGGUGGACAACUCAGGGAAGACACCUCUGGACCUGGCCUGUGAGUUUGGCCGAGUUGGGGUGGUCCAGCUACUCCUGAGCAGCAAUAUGUGUGCGGCUUUGCUGGAGCCACGUCCGGGCGACACCACUGACCCCAAUGGCACCAGCCCCCUACACCUGGCAGCCAAGAAUGGCCACAUUGACAUCAUCAGACUCCUCCUCCAAGCUGGCAUCGACAUUAACCGCCAGACUAAGUCUGGCACAGCCCUGCAUGAGGCAGCACUCUGUGGGAAGACAGAAGUGGUUCGGCUAUUGUUGGACAGUGGGAUCAAUGCCCAAGUGAGGAACACCUACAGCCAGACGGCGCUGGAUAUCGUACACCAGUUCACCACAUCACAGGCCAGCAAAGAGAUCAAGCAGCUGCUACGAGAGGCCUCAGCGGCCCUGCAGGUCCGGGCAACCAAGGAUUAUUGCAACAAUUACGACCUGACGAGCCUCAACGUGAAGGCUGGGGACAUCAUCACAGUCCUGGAACAACAUCCAGAUGGCAGGUGGAAGGGCUGUAUCCAUGACAACCGGACAGGCAAUGACCGGGUGGGCUACUUCCCAUCCUCCUUGGGUGAGGCCAUCAUCAAAAGAGCAGGUUCCCGAGUAGGAAGUGAGCCAAGCCCAUCCCAGGGAGGAAGCUCAUCAGGGCCCUCUGGGCCCCCUGAGGAGAUCUGGGUGCUGAGGAAGCCUUUUGCAGGUGGAGAUCGCAGUGGCAGCUUGAGCAGUGUGGCUGGUGGCAGGAGUGGUGGGGGCCACACCCUACAUGCAGGCUCUGAAGGGGUCAAGCUCCUGGCAACAGUGCUUUCCCAGAAGUCUGUCUCUGAAUCCAGCCCAGGCGACAGCCCUGUCAAGCCUCCGGAGGGGACCACAGGUGCGGCCCGGUCCCAGCCUCCAGUAGCUCACACUGGACAAGGCUAUGUGGAACAGCCUCCCAAGAAGCUGGAGCCAGCAUCGGAGGGCAAGGAACGGGGGGCAGGUCAGGAAGGCUAUGACAUGAACAGCUGUACCCUCCGGGUGGAGAAAACAGAAGAAGGCUGGAGGGCUGAGGAUGCUCAGUGUCCAGGAUGGCAGAUGACGGAGCACCAGUGCCAGGCUUACCAGGGCCUGGCUGCAGAUGAACCAUGGACAGCAGACCCAGCACUCCGUGGCCCACCAGUUGAGCAGAAAAGGAGGUGCUAUGGUGGCCGGGGCACAGGCCUGGCGGUGGGCGGCCUGCAGCCGGUGCCUUGUGUCUUCCAGAGUGCUGAGGCAGUCAGCCAGUGGCUUGCCACAUUCCAGCUGCAGCUCUAUGCCCCCAACUUCACCAGUGCCGGCUAUGACCUGCCCACCAUCAGCCGUAUGACCCCUGAGGACCUCACGGCUAUAGGUGUCACCAAGCCAGGCCACCGAAAGAAGAUCACGGCAGAGAUCAGCGGCUUGAACAUCCCUGACUGGCUACCCGAACACAAACCUGCUAACCUGGCCGUGUGGCUGUCCAUGAUCGGCCUGGCACAGUACUACAAGGUGCUGGUGGACAACGGCUAUGAGAACAUUGAUUUCAUCACAGACAUCACCUGGGAAGACCUGCAGGAGAUCGGCAUCACUAAGCUGGGCCACCAAAAGAAGCUGAUGCUGGCAGUGAGGAAGCUGGCAGAGCUCCAGAAAGCAGAAUAUGCCAAGUAUGAGGGGGGACCCCUGCAUCGAAAGGCACCCCAGUCACUCAAAAUGAUGGCUAUUGAGUCCCCACCCCCACCUGAGCCUGCUCCAACUGACUGCCAAUCUCCUAAGAUGACCACCUUCCAGGACAGUGAGCUCAGUGGCGAGCUGCAGGCUGCCAUGACUGGCCCGGCCGAUGGGGGGACUGCUGAGAAGCCUUCCAACCACCUGCCGCCCACCCCAAAGGCCACCUCGCGGCAGGAGCCCAGCCUAGGUGGACGGGCUCGGCAUAUGAGUAGUUCUCAGGAGCUGCUAGGAGAAGGGCCCCCUGGGCCUGGCAGCCCCAUGUCACGAAGCCAGGAAUACCUACUGGAUGAGGGGCAGGCCCCUGGUACCCUACCUAAGGAGGUCCGGUCUGGCCGCCAUGGGCACCACAUCAAGAGGGCUAGUGUGCCCCCAGUGCCUGGCAAGCCUCGGCAGGUCCUUCCACCAGGUGGCAGCCAUUUCACACCCCCUCAGACGCCCACCAAAGCCCGGCCAGGCUCCCCCCAAGCCCUCACAGGACCUCAUGGUCCAGCUCCCGUCACAGCCAAGGUGAAGCCCACCCCACAGCUGCUGCCACCAACAGAGCGACCCAUGUCACCCCGUUCCCUGCCACAGUCACCUACACACCGUGGCUUUGCCUAUGUGCUGCCCCAGCCUGUGGAGGGUGACACAGGGCCAGCCACACCAGCGCCUGUGCCCCAAACCAUGCCUGCAGCUGUGCCCACACUGUGCCUGCCCCCUGAAGCUGAGGCAGAGCCUGGGCGGCCCAAGAAGCGUGCUCACAGCCUGAACCGCUAUGCAGCAUCUGACAGCGAGCCAGAGCGGGAUGAGCUGCUGGUGCCUGCUGCUGCAGGACCCUAUGCCACGGUCCAGCGCCGCGUGGGGCGCAGCCACUCUGUGAGGGCACCCACUGGCACUGAUAAGAACGUAAACCGAAGUCAGUCCUUUGCUGUUCGGCCCCGCAAGAAGGGUCCCCCACCACCCCCACCCAAGCGAUCCAGCUCGGCCAUGGCCAGUGCCAACCUGGCCGAUGAGCCAGCUCAGGAUGCUGAAACUGACGAAGACCAGCUGGGGGUCAAGGCACAGCGUCGGCGGGCUAGUGACCUGGCUGGCAGUGUGGACACAGGCAGUGCCGGCAGUGUGAAGAGCAUCGCGGCCAUGCUUGAGCUGUCUUCCAUUGGGGGUGGUGGUCGGGCUGCCCGUAGGCCUCCUGAGGGCCACCCCACACCUCAUCCUGCCAGUCCAGGGCCAGGCCGGGUGGCCACAGUGUUAGCCUCAGUGAAGCACAAAGAGGCCAUUGGGCCUGAUGGUGAAGUAGUGAACCGGCGCCGCACACUCAGCGGCCCUGUUACUGGACUUCUGGCCACUGCCCGCCGGGGGUCUGUGGAGCCAACAGGUGGAGGCCACUUUGUGGAAGAUGGUAAGGCCCGGCAGCAGCCUCAGGGUCCAGGCAAGGGAGAGGCAAGUGUUGAUGGCCCACCCCUGGCCAGGGUAGAGGCCAGUGCCACACUGAAGAGGCGCAUCCGGGCCAAGCAGAACCAGCAGGAGAAUGUCAAAUUCAUCCUGACAGAGUCUGACACGGUCAAGCGUCGCCCUAAGGCCAAGGAGCGGGAGGCUGGUUCUGAACCCCUCCCAUCACUGUCUGUGUAUCAGAAUGGCACAGCCACAGUUCGACGCCGCCCAGCCUUGGAGCAAGCUGGGCCCCCAGAGUUGCCUCCCCCACCCCCACCUGCUGAGCCCCCACCCACCGACCUGGCACACUUGCCCCCACUGCCCCUGCCAGAAGGUGAUGCCCGAAAGCCAGCAAAGCCACCUGUCUCUCCUAAGCCUGUCCUGACUCAGCCUGUGCCCAAGAUCCAGGGGUCACCCACGCCCUCCUCCAAGAAGGUGCCCCUGCCUGGUCCUGGCAGCCCAGAAGUGAAACGUGCACACGGUACGCCGCCUCCCGUGUCUCCCAAGCCGCCGCCGCCCCCCACGGCACCCAAACCGGCCAAGGCCGCGGCAGGCCUGCAGUCAGGUAGCGCCAGCUCGUCGCCUGCGCCCUCUCCAGCGCGCCAGCCGCCCCCUGCCCUUGCCAAGCCGGCCAGCACGCCACCCUCUCUGAGCGCUAGCCCUGCCAAGCCCCCGUCCCCGGGCGCGCCUGCGCUGCACGUGCCUGCCAAGCCCCCACGUGCCGCUGCUGCCGCCGCCGCUGCCACCGCCGCUGCCACCGCCGGCGCUACCGCUGCACUCGAGGGGACCUCGCCCUCGCCCGGGGAUAGCGCGAGGCAGAAGCUGGAGGAGACCAGCGCAUGUCUGGCCGCGGCGCUGCAAGCGGUGGAGGAGAAGAUCCGGCAGGAGGAUGGGCAAGGCCCCCGGCCCUCUGCGGUCGCAGAGAAGAGCACUGGCAGCAUCCUAGAUGACAUCGGCAGCAUGUUUGACGACCUGGCCGACCAGCUGGACGCCAUGCUGGAGUGAGGCGGCUAUCCUCAUCCGACCCGCCGCGCCCUUACCUCAGGACGGGUCCCUCAGAGCAGGGGCGGGUGGCGACGGGCGGGGCUGCCCAACCCCGGCAGAAGCACAACUCUCGUCCUGGCCCAGACAGGCACCCACCUACAGGACCGCCUGGCCAGGGGCUCCAAGGGCUCUGGGUGGACACGCUGCCCCCAUGGUGCCCGGCCCUGUCUGCUGCUCCCUGUGCAAUAACUGCUGGGCCACAGCCGCGGCCUCUGAGCGAGUGAAGGGCUGCCCCCUCCCUGGCUCCUGUGGAUGAGGUGGGGCAGCUGCUGUCACCCCUUCCCCAAUCUGUGGCAGAGCACAGGCCUAUGCCCAGCACAGAACUGCCCAUUGGGGAACCUCUGCCAGUCGCUCUGGCACAGCACAAGGGACAGGGGGCCAAAGUCGGCUGCCCCACUGCACCCCCCAGAAUAUAAGCUAUCAAAAAUAUUAAUUUAUUGGGAAUGAGCUAAGGCAGAUUUCCCCAGAGAAACAAAAAGGUAUAACUUUAACAAAUAUAUAUUUAAAGAAAGAAGAAAUAUUAUUGAUUAUAUUAGAAAACCAUUUACCAACUGAAAGGACACUGGAGCCCAGCUUGAGACUAAAACUGUCAGGGACCCAGGACAUCUGUCUGUGUGUCCUUCCCUCCCUACGUCUAGGAGUGGUCGUGCCCUGGCCAUGAACACACAGGAGACUAUCUGGGGAGGGGCUUUGCCCAGGCUCUCUCCUCUCCUUUUCUCACCUGUAACUUCUCUGCAUUGGAAGAACUUGAAGGAUGUGCCUUGGCUGACGGGCUGUCCUCUGUGCCCUUGAGAUUGUGGGGAGGGCUUCCUCCUCCUGGGCUGGCCAUGCCCUGUGGUUGCUGGUUGGAAUGCCCUGGGGUCAGUGUGUCAUCAUGGGCAUGUCAGCCGAGUGACAGCGGUGUGGGUGCAGAGGUACGCAUGCCAGGCUGCUGGCAGAUCUGCGUACAAGGGUGUGCCUGACUCCCUCCCCAGGGCCUCAUUCAAUUCCCAUGGAUGCUUCUGCUCAUGGUCCAGGCUGUGUUGUGUGGUCAUUUUCACCUUCUCUCCUCUUUCCUCCCUCUAAAAAGUACUGACUGGUCUCCUCUAUCGUGUUUGCUGAAUCCACAAGUGUUGGGCACAACUUUGACAUUUCUUAAAAAAAAAUUAAAAACUGCCGAAAACCAGCAAUUGUGCUGCAGGCUGAUGGAGGGGGCCAGGUAGGGUGACAUCUGGACAUGGGUCCUCUUCCAAAUGUCACACCUAGGGCUUCCUGUUGAAUUGACCAGCUGGCCGUCAGUAGGCAGCCCAGGCUGGGGCUCUGGGAGGUGGGAGGGGGGUCGUCUGGGCAGGGAGCUGCUGUCAGCUGGCUGUCAAUAAACAGAAAUCGGA